AAACCCUAUCUAUACCUACGUCUUCUUUUCAUCUUUUCUACUAUCUCUUCCCCCAGAUAGCUAUGCAGCAGCCCCCGACUCCCAACGCUGCGCUCCCCCCAAACCCUUUCCCGUCCCCUCCCCCUCUCAAUGCCGGCUCCGGUCCCGGCAGCGUCACCACCACCACCACCACCAAGAAGAGUAAGCGGCGCCAGCCUCCGGGCCCCGAAGAAGUUCUCGCCCACUACGAGUCGCAGGGGCUGAGCCCCCGCGAGGCCUCCCUCCGGGCCAUCCGCGAGCUCCAGGCCAUCCUCUUCAGGUACGCCGCCAAGAAGGAGCGCUUCGCGGCCGACUCCCCCCGCAAGCUCGAUGGCGUCAACACCCGCCUCGCCGUUCUGGAGAUGAAGCUCGACUCCAAGCCCGGCUUCCCUGAGUCGCUCGCCAUCGGGGUCGCCUCUGGCGCUAUCGUCUCAGCUAUCCCUCAUGUCCUCGGCGGGCUCCGUGGCAUAUGGGACUCGGUCUGGUCCGCCACCAAGGGCUCUCCUCCCUCACCAGGAAUUCUAAAUCAGUCUAAACACAAUUUCAGCCAAGACUUGCCUGAGGAUGCAUCACAUCUUAUUCGGAGUGCAGAAUGACAAGUAAAAUAUGUCAAGUGCUGCUUAUCAAUGCUAAUUUCAGCAGGAAUGUUGCAUGCCAUGUGCAAGAAGCUGAGCAGCUUCUGAAUAAUUGGAUAGACUCUGAAUGCAGUUUUGACAUAUAAUCCACUUGCAGCAGCACUGUGUUGUGUUUGGUUUCAAACAAAAAGUGAAGAUUAAAUGAUCCAUCUUAUGUUCGAGAAUGAUUUGUUGGAUUAGUGGAUACUCCUUGUAAUAUAGAGUACUCUGUACAUCAUAAAUAAUGAAGUUUUCAUCAUCCGGUUAGAGUGCCACAGGAGAUCAAUUGUUUUAUGAUCAUUUGUUGUAUAAAUUCUUCAUGCUUUACUGCUUUACUGUUAAACAGUUGUUCCAGACUGGUUGGUGCCAUGUUUGAAAGGAUGUUAUUUUGUGUCUCUUUA